AUGGUUAUAAAAAACAAUUUAGAAAAAUCCGUAAAUAACUUGGAAGCGAGAAUUAAAGAGUUAGAGCAAAGUAACGAAGGGUUACGUUCACAAUUCAAAUAUUUAGAAGAAAGGGUCGGAGCGAGUGAAGAAGAAACUAAAGUCAAGCAAGAAAUUAUUAAUGAUUUAGAAGUCAAGGAUUAG